AUGUCAAAGUCUCCAAACGCCUUCCUUUACUUUCGAAAUGAAAAAAUUGAUCUGACGCAAGAACGAACCAUGGUGGAACAUUCUAGAAUAGCAGGUCCUAAAUGGAAUGAAUUGGGUGAAAAGGGGAAAAGAAAAUACUAUCAUAUUGCCGAAGAAGCUAAAAUUAGAAAAGAAACCGAAACUGGCAUACAAUUACCCGUAGAAAGAACGUUUGUUCAUGGUAACGAUUAUUCUUUCGUCAUUGAAACCCCGAAUCAAAAAAAAAGAGCCAGAAAUCCCGGUGAAAUGAUAGACAAACGUGAAAAUAGAGAAAAGAGAGUAAAGAGAUCAAAAAGUUUGCCAAAAUUACAACCUGUUAUUGUUGAGGAUUUCAGCGAAGCACGUGUCAUUCAAAAUGAUGAUCAUCAACCUCUAAAAACACCUUUAAGGGAAGAUCCUUUUAACGAGUUCACGAUUGGAACUGAUUUUGUACCAAAUGUCGCAUUUAUGACAUUUACGAGUUAUGAACUUUCAAAAGUUUCUUUAAUAGAUGAUCAAAAGGAUCCAUUUGACGAGUAUACAAUCGGUACCGAUUAUUAUCAAAUUGAUGAUGAUUUCAUUAAUAAGGGCGCACUACCACCGAAUCCGAUCUUCAUUUCAUGA